AAAUUCUACUUCUAUGGUUAGGUAAAUUGGUUAAGAUUCCCAUGGCCAUGGUAUUCAAUUUUCUUUUUUGACACGCGGUUUUAGGUUAUGUAUAGUCUUUGUAUUUACUGUACAUGAAAAUCAUUCUACUAAAGUUAUUUUACUGCUUCAACUUAUUGAUUUAUUAUGAGAAAUCUAUGAAUAAUCAAUAAUACUUAUAAGUUGUACUGGUGUUGAGUGUCUGAUAGCUCUUGAUAGUGUUUCUUUUAACUUGGUCUAUCUUAUCGUAAUACUCACAUGUCUUGGAUUCGAGGUUUACAAAUGCUACAGUUAUUCUAGCUGUUUUCUUCUUGAAACAUUUUUUCAUAAAAUAUAAAAUAAUACACUUCUUAAAAAGAGUUGAAAAUGGGGAAACUAAACGUAACCAUAUUGCGAUAUCUCAGCAGGGAAGAUUUCAGAGUUUUGACAGCCAUCGAGAUGGGAAUGAAGAAUCACGAACUGGUGCCGGGAGCUCUGGCCGCUUCCAUAGCCAAUCUACGUCAUGGCGGAGUCCACAAACUCCUCAGAGAACUUUGCAAGCAUCGACUGCUCAGCUAUGAACGUGGAAAACAUUAUGACGGCUAUCGUCUAACAAACAGUGGUUAUGACUAUUUGGCGUUGAAGUCGCUCACCUCCAGAGAAGCCAUUUCUUCGUUUGGAAACCAGAUCGGCACAGGCAAAGAGUCCAACGUCUAUAUUGUUGCUGACGGUGAAGGCAAUACGGCUUGUCUAAAACUGCACAGACUGGGCCGCAUUUGCUUCCGUAACCUGAAGGAGAAGCGUGACUACCACGCGCACCGGCACAAGGCCUCGUGGCUGUACCUGUCCCGCAUCUCGGCCACCAAGGAGUUCGCCUACCUGAAGGCCCUCCACGAGCGCGGCUUCCCUGUCCCCAAGCCUAUUGACUGCAACCGGCACUGUGUUGUCAUGCAGCUGGUCGAUGGAGUUCCCAUGAGCCAAGUUCACGAAGUAGCCGAUGUUGAGCAGUUGUACGACGAGUUGAUGAAUCUGAUCGUCCGGCUGGCCAACUGCGGAGUCAUUCACGGCGACUUCAACGAGUUCAACCUGAUGCUGUCGCCCGAAGGCAAGCCUGUGCUCAUCGACUUCCCUCAAAUGGUUUCCACUCUGCACGUAAACGCGCAAAUGUUCUUUGACAGAGAUGUGAAUUGCAUAAGGGACUUCUUCAAGAGGCGUUUUGGCUAUGAGAGUCAUCUUUAUCCCACAUUUGAUGAAAUAUCGAGAGAAGAUGCCUUGGAUGCCGAAGUAUCAGCCAGCGGAUUCACAAAACGAAUGGAAAAAGAUUUGUUAGUUGGAAUGGGAAUUGAUUCAGAUGAUGGAGAAGAUGAAGAGGAGGAGAAAGAGGUCCUGGAACUUGGAGAAGAGGAUGAAGAGUUAUUCAAAGAGAAAACAUGCAACAAUGGAAGCAGCAAAGAUGGAAGCAGCAAAGAUGGUGAUAUUGUACAGUGUGAGCAGAAGAUGAAUGAACUUGAGGUAGAUUGUAAAGAAUUGAAAGACAAGCAUCAAUUCAUCGUUGACACCAGUAAUGAAAAGCCAAAUUAUGACCACAAGGGGGACUUGAAUGCAGAUUGUGAUGAGGUGAAAGAUCAGUUCUAUGAUUGUCUUGAUAGUGGAGCAGGUACUGGAGAGGAGAACGGCAACCUCAAGGUGAAAUUGGAUAAAGACUGUGUUGAGUCCAGUGUCAAGGAUUUCAUUGAGAAUGAAAAACUUAAUGGAACAGAAUAUAUAAAGUGUGACUUGAAGAACUUACAAACAUUUUGUGAUAAGGUUGAGGCCAGUGAAGGUAUCCUUGAAAAUAACACACUUGCGGCCAGUGACGCUGGUCCUCCAGGUCUAGAUGGAAAUCUAAGUAACGACUUUUGGAACACAUAUUGCAAAGUUCCAGAUUUGGAGCCAGCUGCUGGUGGGGAUUAUGCAAGGAGCUGCAGUUAUGCCUCUACCAUUCCGCCGGAAGUGAUACGUGACCGCGUGAAGAAAGCGUUUGAAAAACGCGAAGCGGCCGUAGUUAGGAAGCGGUGUCGUGCCAAGGGCGAAGCUAGCGCUACGCAGCGUAGCAGACGUGACAAUCGGCAAACUGUCAAAGAGUAUGAUACGUUUGCUGAGUGGUGAAUAAAUUGUUUCUGUUAAAAA